GAGGGCGGGCGGCCGCGGAGGCCGGGGAGGGCCGGCGAGGGGUGGCCCCGUGGCUUCCGGCGCCCUGACCCGCGCUCGACCGGGUCACUGUCCCGGUGACUCCGCCGCGGCUUCGGAGACCUGCCUUUCGGCCCGUGCGGCAGGACGGGACCCGGCGGGGCGUCAGCCUCCUGAGAGUCUUUGUAGAAGCUGAAAUCCUUCAAUCACCGUUCUUCAAAAUGCAAUGGAAUGUACCGAGGUCUGUAUUCCGACUGGCACAUAGGACAUGCAUGGAACCACAUAAAGCCAGUCUCUUUGGACACCGUCAAAACAUAAAGGGACCAUUACUUUUGUACAAAGCUGAAUCCAGAGUAGUUUUGGUACAGGGCCGUCAGAAGCAAUGGCUGCACUUAUCUGCUGUCCAGUGUGUCGCAAAGGAAAGGAAGCCAUUCACUGCUCAUCCACCCCAGCUGGGGGUCCUUCACCAUAAACAGUGGGAGCAAGAUAUUUUAUCCAAGAGGGUUAUGUCAUCCAAAGCCACAUCCCCUGGAACUUCUUCAGAAAAAAAGGAAGAACCUGAUCCUUUACAAGACAAAUCUAUUAAUCUAUAUCAACGAUUUAAGAAAACAUUUAGACAAUAUGGGAAAGUUUUGAUUCCAGUGCAUCUAAUAACUUCUGGUGUUUGGUUUGGAACAUUUUAUUAUGCAGCUAUAAAAGGAGUGAAUGUGGUUCCUUUUCUAGAACUCAUUGGGUUACCUGACAGCAUAGUAAACAUUCUGAAAAAUUCCCAGAGUGGAAAUGCACUAACAGCAUAUGCCUUGUUUAAGAUUGCAACACCUGCCCGAUACACUGUGACUUUGGGAGGAACCUCCUUCACUGUGAAGUAUUUGCGUAGUCGGGGCUACAUGUCGACACCGCCUCCUGUUAAGGAGUAUCUACAAGACAGGAUGGAAGAGACCAAGGAGCUUCUCACAGAAAAAAUGGAAGAAACAAAGGAUAGACUCACUGAAAAAUUACAAGAAACCAAAGAGAAAGUUUCUUUUAAGAAAAAAGUGGAAUAGAGUGCCUUAUAUAACAGGUGAUAGAACAAUUUCUGCACUUUAACCCUUUGGAGACUAUGGACAAGGAUACAUGCUUCUGAUUAUUUUUUUUUCGUUAGUUGCCUAAAUAUACCAGUUCUCUGAGGGUUAAAGGCCUAAGAUACCUUCUUUUUAAAGUUAAAUAUUACUAGAAAAAUCAGUGUUUUUUGAAGAGAAAAAUGAACCCAGUAUAAGAUUUUAACAUCAAUCACAGCAUUAAGCAGCGGUUAAUGUCAUAAGUCAAAGCUCUUCUUCAGGGUCUUCAGAAUCCUACUUGCUUUGAGUUUUAUUGCAACCAGAACUUAUGCAGAUGAAGCCGUUGACUCCUUGAAUGACUGAUGUGGCCCUACACAUGGUGUUAACACUGGAUUUUCAUCUUUAUGUUAUUCCUUGAACUUCUAACUAUAUUCAUUUCUCAAUGUGGAGACCAACUAUUAUCGUCAAAACUGCCAGUGAAUGAGGGGAUAGUGUUUCUGAAAAAAUGGUAUAUAACAGUUAUAUACAUUUAAAAUAACACACUUUAUAUGAAGGAAAUGGAAUAAAAAUUGAGUCCUAUGUAUGUAAAUAAGAUGUAUUGGUCAGAUGUAAAUGAAAAAUUGACCCUUUAAAAAUGAUUUUUACCUGAAACUUGUCAUGAUCAAAUUUUUUAAAGGAAAUCUAUAUGGACAUGGUACUUUUUCACCUACAACAUAAAUCUCUACCAUGAAUCAUUUGUGUUCUCUUCAACUCUUUUGCAGAGGAAACGUGAAAAUAAUAUUACACUUUAAGUUCAUUGUUAAACCCAAAUAUUCCUAAACCAUGAUUCAAGUUUGUGGUUCUCAAGCAGAUACAGGUGUGGGAGCCGACUCACACCCCCUGCCACGUGGCAGACCUUUGUCUCCAUAGGCCAACAUCCUCUUAGUCUUUGUUUCAGAGUUAAUGUUGAUUUCUUGUGCAGUAAUUUUUUAAAUUGUAGCUGCUUUUUCCCUUAGAAUGAGAGAUCCUUUUCCCUUAUAUUGAAAUAUGCUUGAGCAUUUUACUUGAAUUUUUUUUUUUUUUUUUUUACUAGCAAAGCUAUCAUUAAAUUAUCUGCUUGGAAUGAAAUUCAGCCAUUGUCAGAUAUGAGAGUUGCCAUGAUUCUGUGAGUGUGUUUGAAAAUGUGUGUGUCUGUUUCCUUUGGUUCUAACUGCUUUUACUUCAGUUCUAAUCCUUGAGUUGAUAUUCAGAAAACAGAGUGGCCUCUUUCUAGAUGUGUCAUUGUUUGGAUGAUGUGAUAAGACAAAAUGUCAGAGGGACUUCCAGAAGCAACCCUGUGGGGGAUCACUGCUAUUGGGAUGGACUUUGUAUUAAAUAUUUAAUGGCCAAAUUUGGAGAAUAAUUCAAAGGAAAUAUUUAAAUUUACUCUUGAUGCAUCUAAUCACUAUAUUGGGACAUUUUAUGAAUUAGUAUGCUGUGAUUGGAGUCUGUGCCUUUCUCUGUCACGCACACUCUUGAGCACGGAGAAGGGUUUGGUCUCCUGAUACACAGCUGAACACAGGAUUUCAGCUUGACAGCACAUUUUAAAAUCUAAAAACAGUUGACAUGUUUUAGCUUGCUUAUUAAGCAGAUAUUAAAUGCUAAGAUGUUAACAAA